UUUAGAUUCCAACAGAGAAUACCGCCCGACUAGGUUCGGAAGGUACGCAUCAUCCUUAUACAGCCUCAAUACAUACGUCAUUGAAUUUCAUACCGUAACACCCGCCAUGGUCGUCUAUAUAUAUAUUUUCCUUGUUUAAUUUGCUCUGAGGCUCUCCACCUCCUCGUCUCAGUUUCCGUCACAGAUCGCAGCUCUAUCGGCAAUGGUUAUUAUGUACGUUGUACGUCGACUCGGUACUCUUGAGGCUUAUUUCAGCAAAGUACUAAUUAUUAUACCCUUAAUCAAUCAAUUGAUCCGUUUUCUCUCGAAACGGGCCCACCCCGGGCCGUUGCGGAAACCACCAGGUGAGAUGGACUAUCUUUUCGGUGGACGGACGGUGGAGAUAUCUAGCCUGACCAACAGCAAGCCCUUUCCUCGGUCUACCCCAGCCAUUCUUGGCUCGCUGUUGGCAGAUCGGUUCUUUUUCUCACUUGAUGUAUUUUUUCGUCCCACACGUCAGACACUCACAUCUGUUGAAAUGCACCCCCUCCCCGGGAUGCGUGGCGUAGACUUUGGGUAUGUACACCCGCGCAAGCACCAACUUUUUUUGUCAGAUCUCAAAUUGCGGUCCUUUUCAUCAGACGGCGCGACCUGCCGUCGACAAUGCGUCGCCAUUUGCUUUCUCUCGACGUCGGAAACACAGCCUGUAUCUGCUUCAUGACUUCAUGACCCAACCAACGAACAUCCCACUCAACCCACAGAUACCACAAUGAGACUGCCAGCUAUAUCAGACUUCGAACCCUAACACAACUCUGUUCCGACCUUCUUCUCCUGCCCACCGAGACGCUCCACGGAAUA